UUUACAGAUAUCCCCCAUUUAAAGACAGAAGGACAGAAUACACUAUUUUUGAAGGAGCUCUUGAAGGUUUACUAUCAUCUCACUCUGUGUUCUCCCUGUGCCUGCGAGGGCUUCUGCCCACAGUCCAAAGACAUGCAUGUUAAGUUGAAUUGUUAUUUGUGAAUGAUCUCCCAGUGAGAUGGAAUUCCACAAUCACUGGAGAACAGUGGAAAAAGGGAUGACAGCGGGGCUUGCUGAGGAUAAGGAAUUAAAGGGUUUUUGGAGCCUGUCUCGUGUCCCGAUGAUGUUUUUGCUGCAAAGGGGAGGGGAAGGAGGAGUCGCUAUGCCUCACAGCUUAAUUACUCCAAGCAACACUGUCUUCCUUCCAUUACAUAUGAGACACGAAGUAGGAAGAGAAACAGAUUUUGUCUGCAGAGCAGGCACGAACUUUGAGUUUGAGACUCAUCCCUUCACUGCAACACAUGAAAUUAGAAAGGAAGGCUUUGUUGCCGCUGUACAGAUCAUCACAUCACCACAAGUGGACCACUGUGUUUGUGAACUUUAAAUCUGAUUCUGACAGAAGGUAAGAAAUGAUAUGAAGAACUUCUACUGAAUAACAGAGGAAACGUGAAUGACUUCUGAGGAGCUGGAGUCAAAUCUUAAACAAAAGCAAGAGAGAAAGAGACAUAAACAAGUGGAAGUAAGUCAGGAAAUUCUCUCAAUUUUCAUUUUAUAUGCAACACACACUGAAUAAGUGGCUCAACCUUAUUUUACACUUAACACAGAGUUUACUUUCCCUUCUGCCUUUUUAUUAACUAUAUGUAUAUUAAAGUUAUUUCCUGCUUUAUUUAAAAAUAAUGCAUUACUUCAACUCUAAUACAUCUCUAAAAAGUAGAGAUGUUACACAGUUCAUGACAUUACUUUGCAUUACUCUAUAAUGUUUGUUUGAAAUGCUUUGUCACAUAACUGUUGGUUCACAUUCCAUAUACUCCUGAGAACUGAAGAUAAAACUCUUUCAGUUUAACUGUUUUGUGAUUUGUGCAUCCACUACAGAGGGCAUAAAAGAAUAUGCUGGGUCUCAGGCGCAUAUGAUCACAUGUGGAAAAAUAUUUAAUAAAGGCUUGCUUUGCAGAAAGUGUGUGCAAUCACUUCACAUUGUGGUUCAGAGAGCCUGGAAGUCAUUCAGCUUUUAUACUAAAGAAUUAUCUUGAACCUCAAGCAUUUAACUCAGACUUUCAAUCCAUGAACUGCCUUUAAAAAUGUUUGUGUUAAAUAUUAUAAGAAGCACUCCAAGAGCCAAGACAAUUCAUUCUCUGUGCUGGUUUUUACUUAUAAUAGUAUUAAAUUAUUUAUUACUAUUAAAUUAUUGUUAAUAUUUCGUUUAUUUUAUUUCUUCUUUUUAACACAAUUUGAGGCGUUUAAGAUGUUGCAGUAAAUACAGGUUCAAAAUGCAGACUUUUGCUAUUUGUCCUGUUUAAACCGACUUUAAUAUACUUGACAUCAUUUUGAGUACUUUUUUUCAUUUUUAUGUGAACAAAGUACAGGUGCAGAAUUCAUUUCAUUGUUCAGUAAAAUUUGCUUAGUGUUAAAUUUCAAGUGAAAAAGUUUGUUCCUCAUGAGUGCCUUAAACAAUACUGAUAAUAUGUGACAAGCUGUGCAAGCUAUAGGCUGUAGCUUCACACUGGAUGGCUGAAUCCCCAAGGUUUUGAAUGCCUUUAACUAUCCUGAUAAUGUCUAUUUGUGACGUCUAUAAGGGUAUAAUGUUUAUGACGAUGACUUUAAUUACACAAAGAUUAUGUAGAAGAAGAUAAUGAAUAAUAAAUAUUGACUUGUAAAUAACUGGAAACAAAUAACUUUAGCUUAUUAUAUAUACUACAGUAUAAUUAAUAAAUUUAUAUAAAACUAACUGGGCAGCUCAUUUUCUUGCUCCUGACAAUACUUGCUUUAAAGAUAUAACAUACUUUGAGGUCAAAAAGAAAGGCGCAUGUGAAAUACAAAGCUCAAAUGUAAAGCUUCAUUGGCAUGCAAGUUGUGUUUUGUGCAGACAACAUUGAUCCAACUCUGGUUAGGUGUUUUCCACGAUUAGCAACUCACAGGUCAGUGUUAAGCGGCCUAACAAACACAAUAAAAUAAAACAAAAUAGCCCCAUCUCUUAAAAUGGUCAGGUACAAGUACUGGGUUGAAUGACAGAGGAAGCUGCCUCGCAAAACCUAAUAACUCCAAAAGAGUUUUUAUAUUAUGCUUGUAGCCAGACAGAGUGCAAAAACUAUACAGCAAUAAAUUUAUGACCACUCACAUGUUGAACUUACUUGAGGUCAACUUGGCCAAGUAAAGGUACUUAUGGCCUCUGUUGUAUGGGGAAAAAAACAGCUCACCAAUGUCAGAACUGACCUGGCUGAGGCGACAUUUAAAAAAAGAAAAAUGAAAAAGAUAGAUGAUGUAGCAACUACCAUAUCCUAAAGCCCAAGAUAACAUGGUCUUGUGUAACUGUCAGGGGAGGCUCCACUUUUCAUGUUGUGUUAUUGAACAUUCCAAAGCUGUGACAGUAUUUUUCAUCACAAAAAGCAAGAGAAACAAGAAAACACAAUAUUCUAUUAUAUGAGGUUGGAGCCUAGACUGGAUACAGGGAACAUCUUUCACUAAACUACUAAAGUGUAACUGGUCAAAUAUUGUUAAAAUGAGCAGCAAUGUUUUCACUAUUUCAUAAUAAGGCAAAAAGGCAACUUUGAGCCCUAAUAUUUAGAGAUACUUAAUAUUUAGUGAAUAUCUUUUGUUCAUAACGUAGACCAUGAAAUAUGUACAUGCAAAAACAGCAGGCAGUGACUGAAGCUGGUUGUUGUUCUGGCAAACUUAACAUAUAAAUACUGAUUCUUAUACUGAUUCAUCCUUAUAAACCUGCUCUUUCCUCUCUGAUUUUACCCUAGCAUAGACUGGCUGCAAGACUUGCUGUGUAAUUAAGUAGAUAUUAGUUGAUUUGCAAGUUACCGGCCAUAAUUAUUAUUUUAUUAUUUUGAAAAUUUUUCAAAGAGUAGUUGUAUAACAGCUACCUCAUCAUCUUCAGAGAGAAAAGGUUUAUUUGAAGAUUUUAAGACAGGUUUCAGAACCCAUCACAGUACAGAAAUGGUGGUAGUGAAGGCUACAAAUGAUCUUCUUUUGGCCUCUGACAGUGGACUCAUCUCUGUGCUUGUCCUGCUAGACUAUAAUGCUGACUAUAUAUUUUAUUACACGGAUAAGAGCAUGCUAUAGGUAUUAAAAGUAUUGCGCUGUAAUGGGUUGAACUACAUGUAUCUAACAGACUUCAGUGUGGCUAUGUAAAUGGGAAGUCUUCUUCACACAUAAAGGUUAACUAUGGAGUUCCACAGGGUUCUGUGCUAGGGUCAGUUGUGUUUAUAUUACAUACACUUCCCCUAAGCACUACAAAUAGAAGGCAUAAUAUACAUUUCACUACUAUGCAGAUGAUUACCAGAUUUUUCUAUCCAUGAAGCCAAAUAAAAUACACCAAUUUUGCAGGAAUGUCUUAACAGCAUAACGACCUGGAUGACCUCUAAUUUUACGCUUAAAAUAACAGAUAAAACUCAUGUUAUUGAACUCAGCCAUAAAGAUCUUAGAAAUAUGGUAUCUAACUCUGGAUUGCAUUACCUUGCUACAUUAUAGGCAGCAACGUUCUGGGACAGAGCUGUGAAAAUACAUACACUGCCUGUAUGUAUAUUAAACAUAUGAGCUUCUGAGCACACAGAGGUGGUGAUAAAGUAAUUGCCUUCAACGACUAACACCAGGUCAAUAACUGAUGAGAGAAAACAGACCCUUGCUAAGUAUCUCUGCUUCAUCUCUUUCAGAAAUUGUCGUAGUCUGGGAGCAGCUGAACUGUGCUAUGAUUCUCCCUGUGGUGGUAAUGGUGAGUCUCCUGUUGCUCUCUGGACCAGAGUCAGGUCUCCAAGAAGACACUCUAGAAAUUGACAACAGCAAUGACAUCCUAGAGAGAGAAUUUAUCUACAUACCAAAACGUCAAAAAAGGGCUGUUGCUGACUACAGUGCCUACCAAACAGACAAAUGUUCUUAUACCUUCAUUGUCCCUCAGCAGAAAAACAAUGGGGCAAUAUGUGUGAACUCCAAGGAGCCAGAGACCUUGCUGCAAAACCGUAUUAAUAAGCAGGAACUGGAGCUGCUCAACAGUGAGUUGCAAAAGCAGCGAAAGCAGAUUGAGGCACUGCAACUGCUGAUAGAGCUUGAUGGGGGUGUGAUUAAUGAAGUCAAGCUAUUGCGUAAAGAGAGCCGCAACAUGAACUCCAGAGUUACUCAGCUCUACAUGCAGCUGCUGCAUGAGAUUAUUCGCAAACGAGACAAUGCUCUGGAGGUGUCACAGCUGGAGACCCGUGUGCUCAACCACACAAAUGAGAUGGGGAGGCUAGCUGGACGGUACCAAGACCUGGAUCAUAAGUACCAGCAUCUAUCAGCCCUCGCAAGCAGCCAGAGUGCUCUCCUGGAGCAGCUUGAAGAGCAGUGUAAGCACGGAGGAUACUUUUACAGAAAGGUUCAAGAGCCCAGCCGUCGUCUCCAGCCACAAUCUCCUGCAAUCUCCCAGCCUCCUUUACAAACACCUGAAUUGUCUCCUGGUGGCUACAGACCUUUCCAUCCACCCACUUACACUCGUUACACCAACUACCCCAUGAAUAAUGAGAUCCAAAAUGACCAGAAAGCCAGAGCACUGCCCACAAUGCCAGCCGCAACAUACAGCUUCACAAAUGAGCCCUCUGGACAUUUCAGAGAUUGUCUGGAGGCUCUGGAGAGUGGAUAUACCACCAGUGGAAUGUACCUCUUAAAACCAGACAAAAGCAAUCAACUUAUGCAGGUCUGGUGUGACCAGAGACAAGACCCUGGUGGCUGGAUCGUUAUUCAGAGACGUCAGGAUGGCUCUGUCAACUUUUUUAGGAACUGGGACACUUACAAGCAAGGUUUUGGAAACAUUGAUGGUGAAUACUGGUUGGGCCUAGACAACAUCUUUUGGCUGACAAACCAGGGCAUCUACAAGCUUUUAGUGACGCUGGAAGACUGGACUGGACGGAAGACCUUCGCAGAAUAUGCUAGCUUUCGUGUAGAGUCAGAAGCAGAUUUCUACAGGCUACGACUGGGCCGAUACCACGGCAAUGCUGGAGACUCUCUAACCUGGCACAAUGGAAAGCACUUUACCACACUGGAUAGGGACCAUGAUGUCUACGCAGGGAAUUGUGCCCACUAUCAGAAGGGAGGAUGGUGGUAUAAUGCCUGUGCUCAUUCCAAUCUGAACGGUGUGUGGUACAAAGGUGGGCAUUACCGCAGCCGCUAUCAGGAUGGGGUCUACUGGGCUGAGUUCAGAGGAGGAGCUUAUUCUCUGAAAAAAGUGACCAUGAUGAUAAGACCCAAUGGAAAUACCUUCCAAUAAUUGCUCAGUAUGUUGAAACUUAUAUUUAACAAGAUGUUUCCACCAAAGGGAUUCUGUAUCACAAGACCAGGCACCAUUGGUUGAUUUUCAAAGCUUCUUUUGGUUGUUAUACAUUCACAAUGCCAAGACGUGGCAGAACUUGUUCAUUUCAUUUGUCCUACAUGUAAUGCUUUUAUUCAUAUUCUUGUGCUCAUAAAGUUAUACUGCACACAAAUAAAAAGAUUACAACCUUGCAUGUAAUGAAUGUAAGAUGAUGCCUGCAUUCCUUUCUCAAUGUAGGCUGUUAACGAUGUAGUGUUUAAAGGCUUUUUUCCCCAUCAGAACAAAAUCCACAGUUACAUAUCAGUGAAAAAGAACCAAGAAAUUGACAUCCAGAAAUGUUAAUUUCUUGAUUGCUGGCAAAAAAAACUUGUACUUCUCAAUAUUCAUGGCAUUUGUAAUACUCGUUAAGU